UUGACAUUUUUGACACCAACUUGACGUUUUUUUAGUUUCAAGUAAUACGUUUUAUUUUAUAUUGUAUUUUAGUAAUUCAAUAUUCAACAAAAUGCCGGUGGACUGCCAAAGAUCGACGGCGGGUGGGAAAGGAAACCUGGGUAUGUUUUAUGAACGAAGUCCAAAAAUUUGUGCUGCAGGUCUACCUUCUCAACAACCAGAUAAUCGAAUCAGUGAUGACUUGCAGCAUUACCUAAUGAAGGAUGAGAUAGACUCACUUAUAAGUGAUGCUAUCAUGCCUCCGGAAGUCCAAAGACCUCUUCCACCUUUACGUCAUCCUAUACCAUUAGACAUGCGGUUUGCCGGAAUAUACGGACAUGUCGCAAGUAUUAUAAAUCCCCCAAACAAAUCUAAGUUUCAAACUCUAGUAGAUGAUUUCAAAGAAGCCACUUAUUCCUCCUAUUGGAAAAAACCACUCGGAAAGGUACAAGAUCCAAUACCAAUGCUACCUGAAGGACUAGAUGUUUACAACACGACUUUUGGGAGGAAGUUACCUGAUGCAGAAAGAUUGUACGAUGUGGUAUUCCCAAAAGUACCAAUUGAAGAUAAAACGCCAAUUUCAAAAUUUCCUGCUGCCCAAAUAAAUCGGAAUUACUGUAAACCUCCCUUUGAUCCAGAUUUAACAUAUGGCCAUAGAACUCAUGUUGACAAACGUGGAACAUACGCCAAAACUUGCUUAAUUGAUAGUAAUAUCGUUGUCGGAAAUGGAAAUAGAACAGUGUUAAAUACAAUUCAAUCCAAAUACCAGGAAUUCAACAAAGCUAGACUUGGAAAAGUUUUAGCUCCCAAUAAUAAUAUUAACAAUGUUCCAGAGGGUUACGCAUUUGGAAUUUUAAGAAAACCUGAUAAUCUUAAAGAAUGCCUAAGUUUCUGUGAAAUUAAUCCGGACUGUGAGUUCUACAGAAAAUGCUUAGCUCAUCUUAAUACUGUUCGUAAAUGUAUGUCAACUCGAUUUCCACCCCGGUUUUUUAACGAGUUUUAUUUAAAGCUCAAAUAUUAUGAUACUGAAAAAAGUGGUUGGCUGCCUCGUGAGGUUGUAUAUAAUUAUUGUGCUUCAAAACUUAUAAGAUUCGAUCCAUCUUUAAUAGAACAUUUGUUAUCAAAGUGGGAAGCAUUUGAUGGUUCAAAUAUUGACUACAAGUUUUUUUCGCACAUUCUUAAUUAUAGAGAACCCAUUGAAUAUAUUCCUCCCAUACCUGAAUUACCACCGGAUUGCAUUGACUACCGCACCACUUACAGUGAAAUGGUGAAACCUGAUCAAGAGAGAGAUGAGUCUCGUAUGGCCGGAAUUCCAUCUGGUAGGUAUUUCGACUUAGAUUAUCCUAUUACACCUAAUUUCUGUUGCAAAGCGACUAGAACGUGCCUUCCACAAGAGUCAGAUGUCAAGUCAUGCCUGGCUCCCAGUAUUUUUACAUUAAUGCACGUCAACCACCGCGACAUGUAUGCUAAACGUGAACCUGACGUUGUGAGGAAAGUAUUCAAAGCUGCUGGAGACGAUUUUAGUGAUAAAAAAUUCAACGAAAUAUGGGAGGAAGCUAAAAAAUAUCAUUCUCAAGGCUGGGUCUGUUUUGAGACAUUUAGGACGGCGUUACGAAAAAUUUCUGAUGCAGAAAAUACAAAAAAUUAGAAGAUUCAAGAAUUUCAUUAUUUAAUUGAAUCUACGUCAAGU